AGCGGGGUGCGGGGCAGGAGCGCGGCGCCGGCGGAGGCCGGGGCGGCCGCAGAGGCCCAGCCUUGCAUUGUUCUCGGGCGGCAGCCGGAAAACGCGACGCCUGCCCGGGAGAGACGCAGGCGGAAAAGGAAACGGGGCUGGGGGCCCGUGCCUGGUGCUGCGGGGGCGGGAGUGGGGGUCCCCCCACGGCCCCCACCUGGUCCCCACCUGCCGCCGUCACCCGUGCCCCGCCAUAUGCUCGAGCCCGCUGCCCCACUGGGGGAGCGGAGGUCAGCUGGGAAGGGGAAGAUCAGCCUGGGAAAGGGGGAAUUUGGGGAGGAUGCUGAUCGCCGAUGGGGUGCCCCUUUGCAGACCCCCCCCCCCCGGGAUCGCAGGCCGCGGUGAUGGGCUGAGCGGUGCGGGAGGGGGGCGAGGAAAGAGGAGGAUGAAGAUGAGGAAGAAGAAGGGGGCGAUGCCGGGCAGGGCAACUACAAGUCCCAUGGGGCCGGGCGGUGCGGGGGGGGCCGGGGAAGCACCGGGCGGGAGGUGGCGGCCCGCCCCGCCCCGCGUCCCCCCCGCGCCGCCCCGCGCCGCGCCCGCCGCGCCGCUCCAGCAUGCACGGAGGAUGCUCGCGUCUUGCUCGGGCAGGAAGGGGCCGGAGGGCAGGUACCCGCUGCACUACCUCGUCUGGCACAACCGCGCCCGUGACCUGGACCGGGAGCUCAGCGCCAAGCAGGCCGACAUCGAGCAGCUGGACCCCCGAGGACGCACUCCCCUGCACCUGGCCACCACGCUGGGCCACCUGGAAUGUGCCAGAGUGCUGCUGAAGCAUGGCGCCGACGUGGGCAAGGAGAACCGCAGCGGGUGGACAGUCCUGCAGGAGGCUGUGAGCACCCGUGACCUGGAGCUGGUGCAGCUGGUCCUGCGCUACCGUGACUACCAGAGAGCCAUCAAGCGCCUGGCAGGGAUCCCCAUCCUGCUGGAGAAGCUGCGCAAGGCCCAGGACUUCUACGUGGAGAUGAAGUGGGAGUUCACCAGCUGGGUGCCCCUGGUGUCCAAGAUCUGCCCCAGCGACACCUACAAGGUGUGGAAGAGUGGUCAGAACCUGCGGGUGGACACCACACUGCUGGGCUUCGACCAUAUGACCUGGCAGCGGGGCAACCGCAGCUUCGUCUUUCGGGGACAAGACAGCAGUGCGGUGGUGAUGGAGAUUGACCAUGACAGGAGGGUGGUCUACUCAGAGACGCUGGCCCUGGCCGGCCACGACCAGGAGGUGCUGCUGGCUGCUGUGCAGCCCACGGAGGAGCAGGUGAUGGGGCGGCUGACGGCCCCCGUGGUCACCACCCAGCUCGACACCAAGAACAUCGCCUUCGAGAGGAACAAGUCUGGGAUCCUGGGCUGGAGGAGCGAGAAGACGGAAAUGGUGAAUGGGUAUGAGGCGAAGGUCUAUGGCGCUUCCAACGUGGAGCUGAUCACACGGACACGGACCGAGCACCUCUCAGACCAGCACAAGGGCAAGAGCAAAGGCUGUAAGACCCCCCUGCAAUCCUUCCUGGGCAUCGCUGAGCAGCACGUGGGGCCCAACAAUGGGACGCUGAUCACGCAGACACUGAGCCACGCCAACCCCACUGCCAUCACCCCUGAGGAGUACUUCAACCCCAACUUCGAGCUGGGCAACCGGGACAUGGGACGGCCCAUGGAGCUCACCACCAAGACACAGAAGUUCAAGGCGAAGCUGUGGCUGUGUGAGGACCACCCGCUGUCCCUGUGUGAGCAGGUUGCCCCCAUCAUCGACCUCAUGGCAAUAAGCAACGCGCUCUUCGCCAAACUGCGGGACUUCAUCACCCUGCGCCUCCCACCCGGCUUCCCCGUCAAGAUCGAAAUCCCCAUCUUCCAUAUCCUCAACGCCCGAAUAACCUUCGGCAACCUCAAUGGGUGUGACGAGCCAGUCAGCUCCCUGCGGCACAGCCCCAGCAGCGAGGCACCCUCGCCCAGCAGCGACUCCUCCAGCGUCAGCAGCUCCAGCUCCCUCACCUCGUGCCGAGCGUGUGAGAUGGACCCGGCGCUGUUCGAGGUGCCACGGGGGUACAGCGUGGUGGGCACCCACCAGGACACCCUGCGGGAGGACGAGGAUGACCUGCUGCAGUUUGCCAUCCAGCAGAGCCUGCUGGAAGCGGGCAGCGAGUACGAUCAGGUGACCAUUUGGGAAGCACUGACCAACAGCAAGCCGGGCACCCACCCCAUGUCGCACGAGGGCCGCCGGGGAGACAGGACUCCCCAGCACACGGCAUCCCCGCGUCCCCCCGUGGCCCCGGCGCCGGGGGGCGGCCGGGGGCCCGGGGCGCUGUUCCCCAGCUACGCGGAGCAGCUGCGCCUGGCCAUGGCGCUGUCGGCGCGGGAGCAGGAGGAAGCGGAGCGCCGGACGCGCCAGGAGGAAGAGGAUCUGCAGCGGAUCCUGCAGCUCUCUCUGACCGAGAAGUGACCCCGCAGCCCCACUGAGCCCCUCGCCCGCCCCAGUGGGGAUGGGGAUGUGUCUGGGGAUACAGAGGGGGACCGGUGUGGGGGGAGCCAGUCCAAGAACUGCGGAGGGUAAAUGGGGAAUGGGGGAGCAGGAUUUGGCAUUGGGAGAACGUCCCCAGAGCUGGGGCAAUAUCGGGGUGAGGUGGGGGCACCCCACAGCAGCACAGGGUUGGGGUGGGUGUUAAGCCUGCACCUGGGGUGGCAGGGACCAGGGAGGGUACCCCACGGACUGUACCCCUUCUCCAGGACACCCCUACUCCCCCAGCCGCCCCACGGGGUGCUGCUCAGUCCCUCACCCCAGGAAGGCGGUGGGGGGCACAUCCUGCCCCGGAUGGGUGGGCUGCCAGUUGCAUGGGGUCCUGGGGUGCCCCCAGAGCCAGGGGACUCUGCCCAGCUCCCUCUUCCCCCCUGCCCAGGCGCUACCAAGUGCACUUACCCGGGAGCUGCUCUGCCUGCCAACAGGGGUGGGGGCUCAGCCCUAUUGUACCCCACAGCCAGCGAGGGGCUGCUCAGCCGCCCCGCCAUGGCACGGGGACUGCUGGGGCAGCUGAAGGGGUGCCUGUGGAGGGCAGCCCGGUGUCACCCCCCCCUUACCCCUGCUCGCACCCCUCCACCCUGCUCGGAUGCCCCCCUUGACAGCGCUGCACCCCCCUGUCCCGGGCACUGACCCCGAGAGAAACCUUACGUCAAAUGGUGCUAACCCCGGCCCCCUGCCCCGGCUGCUCCCCCUUUGCACACGGGGGGCUGGGGGCUGCGGGGUGGGGGGGGCUGGGCUCGCUCCCCUGGGACUUUUCAUAGCUGGUGCCCCUCCCUCCACCCACCCGUGCACCCCACAGCAACAUCUGGGCCAGGGCCGGGGGAGCCCGAGCAGCUCCGACCGCGGCCAACACCAAUAAAUGCUCUUUAAUGUU